UUUACUUUUUCCGUUCUGAAACAGAAACAAACGAUCAUCAGUACAUCAAAGCGAAAAAAGCAACAGAGAAUUUUUUUCUCAUAUUUUCCUUAACUUUCUCGGGAAAAUGUCAGCUUGCAGUAAAAUCCGUUACAUUGUUCGACUCCGUCAAAUGCUGCGGAGGUGGAGGAAGAAGGCUGCAGCUCGCCGUGUACCGUCUGAUGUACCUUCCGGACACGUGGCAGUCUCCGUAGGUACCAGUUGCAAAAGAUACGUGGUCCGCGCGACGUACCUGAACCAUCCAUUAUUCAAAAAGCUCCUCUCACAAGCUGAAGAAGAAUUUGGUUUCACAAACUCAGGCCUAUUAACAAUUCCCUGCGACGAGACAUUGUUCGAGGAAAUACUGUGUUACUUGGCCCGGUCCGAAUCCGACAAGAAUAACGUCGGAUGUUUCAUUAAUUUUGAGGAUUUUCAGAGAUAUUGUUGUCAUAUGGGAUUAAGAAGCAACCUUGAUUUCUGGGCUGAUUCGAGACCACUAUUGAAUGGCGUCUCCGACAAGUCCAUUUGGUAAUUAAUUUUCCAAUGGAGAUGAAAUAAAGAUACUGCUGAUUUUGACCCGGGUUCGACUCGUCCGAGUUAAUUCGCCUGCACAGUUAUUAACUCACUUGACUCGGUUGGUUGAUGGGUCCAGCUGCGUUUUUUUUUUCUCUUUUUAUUUACUAAUUGAGGGGAUUAUUCUUUGCUUACCAGGACUAAACUUUGCUGGUAAGUUUAAGGUUUUUCUUAUAUGAUUUAACUUAUACAUAUUAACAAUGUAAUGAAUUGUUACAUUAUUAGUGUAUUUUAACUUGUUGUAACAAGUAAUCUGUUUUAUUUUUUGAGUUACUAAUCUAAUUUCAUGAACAAUUAUCUGUAGCUAUCUUUCAGGUGAUCUGAUAGUGUAAACUUAAACAAUCUGAAUACACUAACAGACAGAUCACUUAAAAGAUAACUGCUAAUAAUUAUCCAUGAUUUGUUGAAUUAGCAAACUUGAAAAAAUGGACGGUUAACUUGUUAUUACAUGUGAAUUUAUAUUGAUUGUGUAAAAAUGAUUUACAACGUCAGUAUAAGGUAAAUCCUUUUUAUAAAAAAAAAAAUUGAGGGGGGGAGGGGGUCGGCGAUUAAAGAGUCAAGUCUAUUCCGGAGAAUAAGAAUAAGAAUGAGAAAGAGAAUGAGAAUGAGAGAUGGCAAUUAAGUGGUGGGGCGAGUUGUUUGUUUUUACCACCGAGUCGUCCCGGGUUCGAAUCGGAGUAGAAUUCAAUAACACAGAGACGAGUACUAUAUUACAAAUUGCAAAAUGCAAGAAAGAAAUGAGGCAAGAGUCAAGAGACAAGUGAUGAUUAAUAUUAAUGGAUCACUGCUUCUGUAAAUUUUUGUGUUUUUUUUAUUUGUUUAAUUUACGUGAUUAUUAUUGUUGAUUAUUGAUGAAUGGAAACAUGUAGAGAAAUUUGAAGCGUGUUUGCCCAUUAUGAAUAUAUACAUGUUUUUUUUUUCAA